CAAGACAGUCUGCAUUCCUUCAUGAUGGGCUCGUCCUGCUGGAUUGGGCUGGGUGCCCUUUGGCGUUCGCUCUGUCGCCGCCUUCGUGCGAUCAAGACCGACGCGGAGCAUGCGCCGCGCGGCGGCAAGCUGCCGCACGGCCCAGAGACCGAUGCACUUCGACGACUCAGAGAUGGAGGCGGCGCGAGACCGGACGCAAGCCAAGUCAAGCCCAAUGUGGACUAUUCCAGAUUUGAGCUUCUUGCCAAAGAGCAAGAUGAGGGCGAAGGCUCGAAGAUUUCUGUGGCCCUUUGUGGUCGGCAGGGCUGGAACAGCCAGGCGGUGAAUGGCAUCUACAUGGAGGACGGAACGCUGAAUGGCCGAGUGAGGCUGAGGAAGAGUGAUGGGAGCCGAUGGCUGAAGUUCACGGAUGACUCCAAGUGGAUGGUAUCGAGGUAUCCGGAUGGCCGACCGCUGGGUGAGGCCUUCGCGGCGGAGGAUCCGGAGGAUCCCCGAGCGAUUGCGGGGCCUUGGUACGUCUGUUCCGAGGAACAAACCUGGGAAGAAGACUAUCUUGUGUCAGUUACACCAGGAGCGUGCUCAGGAUGUGGGAAGCCUCUCCAACGAAUACACCGAUGCAGCCAAUGCCGCGCUGUAAGUUACUGUGAUUCCAAAUGCCAGAAGGCUGACUGGUACUUUCACAAGAGGCGAUGUCGGCCAGCAGAACUUCCGCUUGACCGCACGAGUACGGCAGAUGCUGUGAAAGCUGCAGCUCCCAAAGAAUCCGAAGAGCUGGCUACAAUGAUGCGAAAGGAAAGCGCCAGAGCUACACCCACGCCUUCCCGCGAGCGAACCAAGCCUAUGGCGCUGAAGAACCAACCAAGCGACUCCAAACCUCGUGCUGGGCGAAAUUGGGAGGAGAUCGACCUGUUGCCCUGGAGUCGGCAGACAUUGAAACGCCUAUUGGAUGGUGCCGCAGCACGAGAAGGGCUCCCACCGCUGCGAGUCGACUUUGAAGAUGCAGGCCACGUGGAAGUCUCCGGCGUCCAAGAGAUCGAUGGCUUGGCGUCCUUGUGGCCCAACCAAGGAGAAAGGCGCCAUCUCUUUGAUCUUUCCUUCGAGGUGGUCUUUAAGGCCGUUUGGCCCUCGGACUUCUCGAUGAUGUCCAUGGAGGGCUCGGUCUUCCUUCACGACUUCACCAGCAAUCUGGUGGACGAUCCGGAGGCCGUCUGUGGCAUGUCAGUGAAAUUCGCUGCGCAGAGCGAGUCUUGCCUCGAUGGGCCGCGGAAAGCCAUGCAGAGCACCGUCCUUCCGACCUCCCGAGCUUUGAUCCUCGAAGCUCUGGGGGCAGACGCUUGGUCCAUCGCCCGAGGUGAAGGGUUGAUGCACUUGGUGCACCUUCGACUGCGACGCUUUGCGCAAGACUUCGAAGCCAAGUGACGGAGAGGGCGAUCGCAGUGACGGAGCCCGGAGUGACUGUGCAUGGGAGAAGGAAGGAGAAUAACAUGUAUAGAAUGUGCACAUAGACAGCCAAAGCUGUCCAACACGUCAUUGUACAAAAGAACCCGUCAUUCUGCAUGGAUUUUGCGAGGCUCUUGCCUUGCCGACGUGCAAAACACGGACCAAAGGCUCGCCUUGGAUGGCCCAAAAGAAGGCCUUCCUUGUAGGGGCCAUCUCCAACUUUCGGACCAGCGAAAAGGGAGCCGAUGUCACAAGGGAGGGAGCGGGUGAUGGUGACAUCGGAUGGUGACAGCGAGUUGGCAUUUUGGAUGCCACCUGCUUGUAGAGAAAAAAUUGCCUUCCACUGAGCCAAUUUCCCAGCGCAUUCACGUCAGUCCCUCCCGUACUUCAGUCUGCCU